AUGUUGGAUAGCACCCUACUGGCUCAUAGCUAUAACCAUCAUAUAUUAGUUCCUCUCCCUACUACCAUGUUGGAUAGCACCCUACUGGCUCAUAGCUAUAACCAACAUAUAUUAGUUCCUCUCUAUACUACCAUGUUGGAUAGCACCCUACUGGCUCAUAGCUAUAACCAACAUAUAUUAGUUCCUCUCUAUACUACCAUGUUGGAUAGCACCCUACUGGCUCAUAGCUAUAACCAACAUAUAUUAGUUCCUCUCUAUACUACCAUGUUGGAUAGCACCCUACUGGCUCAUAGCUAUAACCAACAUAUAUUAGUUCCGCUCCAUACUACCAUGUUGGAUAGCACCCUACUGGCUCAUAGCUAUAACCAUCAUAGAUUAGUUCCUCUCCAUACUACCAUGUUGGAUAGCACCCUACUGGCUCAUAGCUAUAACCAUCAUAUAUUAGUUCCUCUCCAUACUACCAUGUUGGAUAGCACCCUACUGGCUCAUAGCUAUAACCAUCAUAUAUUAGUUCCUCUCCAUACUACCAUGUUGGAUAGCACCCUACUGGCUCAUAGCUAUAACCAACAUAUAUUAGUUCCUCUCCAUACUACCAUGUUGGAUAGCACCCUACUGGCUCAUAGCUAUAACCAUCAUAUAUUAGUUCCUCUCCAUACUACCAUAUUGGAUAGCACCCUACUGGCUCAUAGCUAUAACCAACAUAUAUUAGUUCCGCUCCAUACUACCAUGUUGGAUAUCACCCUACUGGCUCAUAGCUAUAACCAACAUAUAUUAGUUCCUCUCCAUACUACCAUGUUUGAUAGCACCCUACUGGCUCAUAGCUAUAACCAUCAUAUAUUAGUUCCUCUCCAUACUACCAUGUUGGAUAGCACCCUACUGGCUCAUAGCUAUAACCAACAUAUAUUAGUUCCUCUCUAUACUACCAUGUUGGAUAGCACCCUACUGGCUCAUAGCUAUAACCAACAUAUAUUAGUUCCGCUCCAUACUACCAUGUGUGAUAGCACCCUACUGGCUCAUAGCUAUAACCAACAUAUAUUAGUUCCGCUCCAUACUACCAUGUUGGAUAGCACCCUACUGGCUCAUAGCUAUAACCAACAUAUAUUAGUUCCUCUCUAUACUACCAUGUUGGAUAGCACCCUACUGGCUCAUAGCUAUAACCAACAUAUAUUAGUUCCGCUCCAUACUACCAUGUUGGAUAGCACCCUACUGGCUCAUAGCUAUAACCAACAUUUAUUAGUUCCUCUCUAUACUACCAUGUUGGAUAGCACUCUACUGGCUCAUAGCUAUAACCAACAUUUAUUAGUUCCUCUCUAUACUACCAUGUUGGAUAGCACCCUACUGGCUCAUAGCUAUAACCAACAUAUAUUAGUUCCGCUCCAUACUACCAUGUUGGAUAGCACCCUACUGGCUCAUAGCUAUAACCAACAUUUAUUAGUUCCUCUCUAUACUACCAUAUUUCAAACGCGCUAA